CCAGUUCAGAAACCAGCGUGUGGGUUCUGCUCAUGCUAUUUGGCAGCCAUGAUGAUUUGAUGAUUUCAAUUGCUGAACUCGUGAAGGAAGAGAAGCCCAUUAUUGAAUCUACGAGCACGAACUCCGAGUUGUUGUUGUCUUUUUUUCCUCGUAGGAAAUUACGAGUAAGAGAGGCCUGUGGCGUUCGUCUCAUGUUUAUGACGUCGAUGCCGUCGCCCCUGCGUUUGUGCACAAGUGACCCCGUUGAACGAGCGGCCUGUUCGGUGUAAGGCGCGCUCCCGUUGAGGAUGGUAUUACUUUAAAUAAAACAGACUAUAUAAUGUUGCGUUGGUUUACAUAAUAUACGAAUUGAUAAGCAUUUAGAUAUUGUAUUUAUUGUUCUUUGUUUUUUUUCCUGGUCAUUUUUGUUGUUUUUUUCUUUCGUGUUUUAGCCCGUUUCUAUGUUUAGCUUGCUGCUAGUUUCCCUAGCCGCACUAAUCUAGGCCUUUUCCCGCUUUGUUUUUCCUUCACCUGUAUGUUUUUUUUGUUGGAUUUCCCACUACAGGAGUUUCUUUAUUGAUAUUUAUACUUUAAAGGACACUCUGUGAACACCUGGACUUAUUUUUUGAGUAUUUUUUGGAGUACGUGCGUUUGUCUCUAAGGUUGGACGUUGCGAUCUGACGCGGUGAAAACACGCCGCUCGAGCUUGGACGCGUUGAUGGACACUGGGAGCCUGAACCGUGGGCGCUCCCCGCUGUGAUCGCUCCUUAUCCCGGACUGAUUGUAGUGUUUUGUGCUCAUGAACCGUCUCUGGAUCCGGCAUGACCACCUGCGGGUUUUCUUUAGCUGCUAAUUCUUGGGCUUUGGGCUUGAAUGGGGGAUUGUAGGCCUUUGGCGUGAGAGAGAGAGAGCAGCAGUGAAGGGAGCGUUAGGUCAUUGUGUUAUGAUAAAGUGGAUAUUCUGAUCUGACAAACGUGUGUGUUUUAAAAAAGAAAAGAAACACAAAACCCAAAAAACAUGUCUUGUGUUCAUUAUAAGUUUUCUUCUAAACUUAAUUACGACACGGUGACUUUCGAUGGGCUGCACAUCACCGUGAGCGAGCUGAAGCGCCAGAUCAUGGGCAGGGAGAAGCUAAAGGCUGCGGACUGCGACCUCCAGAUCACCAACGCCCAGACUAAAGAAGAAUACACUGAUGAUGUGGCUCUAAUCCCCAAAAACUCCUCCGUCAUCAUCCGGCGAAUACCAAUCGGUGGUGUAAAGGCAACAAGCAAAACAUUUCUCAUUGACCGAUCCGAACAGUCAGUUGGACCUUCAAAAGCCAUCGAUGAUUCUCCCUCCAUUACUCUGGCGCAGCUCUCCAAGACGGCGAAUCUGGCCGAGGCGAACGCCUCAGAGGAAGACAAAAUCAAAGCCAUGAUGUCCCAGUCCAAUCAUGAUUACGACCCCAUUCAUUACACAAAGAAGAUGGUGGGUCCUCCUCCUCCAAAUUACACCUGCUUUCGCUGUGGGAAAAGUGGACACUACAUCCGAAACUGCCCGACCAAUGGGCAGGAUAAAAGUUUUGAGGCGCCUCAGCGGAUUAAAAAGAGCACAGGGAUUCCUCGCAGCUUCAUGAUGGAAGUGGACGAUCCCAACAUUAAAGGUGCCAUGCUGACCAACACGGGCACUUACGCCAUUCCCACCAUUGACGCCGAAGCGUAUGCAAUCGGGAAGAAGGAGAAGCCCCCGUUUGUCCCUCAGGAGCAGUCGUCCUCCUCUGAUGAUGACGAUCCCGUUCCAGAUGAGUUGCUGUGUCUGAUCUGUAAAGACUUGAUGACCGACGCCGUUGUGAUUCCCUGCUGCGGAAACAGCUACUGUGAUGAUUGUAUUCGAACAAGUUUGUUGGAGUCAGAGGAGCACAUCUGUCCCACUUGCAACCAGUCUGAAGUUUCACCUGAUGCGUUAAUUGCCAACAAAUUCCUACGUCAGGCUGUGAACAACUUCAGGAAUGAAACGGGCUACACCAAGAGAAUUCGCAAAGCCGCUGCUCAGAGUUCUACUCCAGCCCCUCAGCCUCAGCCCCGCGUCCAGCGGCCUGUUCAGCCCCUCAAACUUCUAAACUCUCGCCAGCAGGAUCCGUUACGCGCUCGCACGCCGCCCCAAAACCCACCCGCUGCUGUAGUUCCACCUGCGGCUGUACCUCAACCACCUGCGGCCGUGACUCCACCCCGUGCCGUUACACCACCAACUGCUGUCACUCAGCAGUCCUCGGCCACACCCCCUGAGGUCGAUGCUUCUCCUGCGAUCGAGACCGGUAGUGGCCCCCCUGCACCGGCUCUGUCCCCACCACAGCAGCCACCCAAACAGGAGGAUGUCGUCCUACCUAAAGAGCCAGAAAUACAGCUAAAGCCUUUGGUUUUACCUGACAGUCUGCUUCCUACUCCAAUUAUUCCAAAGGGGCCCCACAUUUCAUUGAUGAACCAGCCACAUCUGCACCCACUUCCUCUCCCUUUACCCAGACCAGUCUCAGGACCACUGAGACCUGGUGCCCCAAGACUGCCUGCAGUUCGUCCUGUGUGGGAUCCGUCCCCGGGGCGAGGUCGGCCCCUUCCCAAUGAUCGUCACCAGAGGGCGCCCGUUCUUCCAGUCCAGCCGCCUCCUGUUGCUCCAGCCCUUUUCCCACCCUCUCUUUUCCCUCCCCCUCAGCAUACUAUUCCCCACCCUUCUAGUGUUGUUCCACCACAAUUCCCGUUGCAGUUCCCUCCAGGUCAACAACCUGCCCCCCCUUUCAAUAUGCCUCCCCCAGGUUAUCCCCCUGCCACAACAAAUAUACCUAGUCCAUGGGUACCGCCAGGUUCUCAGCCCCCAAUCACAAACCCCACUGUACCCCCAUUACCAUCCGCACACUUCUUGUCCAAAGAGGAAUUCUACAGACAACAGCGUCGACUGAAGGAAGAGUAUGUACCUUGUAACUCUUUGGAGAAGUCCAAACUCGAGGAGUUUACCAAUGACUUUGCCAAAGAGUUGUUGGAGUACAGAAAGAUCCAGAAGGAGAGAAGAAGGUCCUAUUCCAGGUCAAAGUCUCCAUAUCGCUCCUCCUACAGUGGCUCAUCCUACUCGUACUCAAAGUCCAGAUCUCGGUCCCGAUCUCCUCGUUCCUACUCGCGCUCCAUAUCGCGAUCUCGCUCUCGAUCUCGCUCCCGCUCUCGUUCACGAUCCCGUUCUCGAUCCUAUUCUCCAUACUCCAGAAGAGGCAGAGGUCGUAGCCGCAGUUAUCGUUCUCGAUCCCGCACGCCUCCGUACCAUCGGUCUCGAACGCGCUCUCCUUCCUACAGAGGGCGAGAAGGAGCAGGAAUAAGUGGAGGAGGAGGCAUCUAUCGAUCUCGCUCUAGGUCGCCGAUCUACAGGACCCACAGUCCUGGCAAGAAACAGCCUCCGGCUGCUCAGGCAGAGGAGCGCAAAUAUACAGGGCGGUACAGGGAAAUUCCUCAGUAUGACGCCAAAGCUUUCUACGGUCGAGCAGUGGAUCAGAGCGACCCUUAUGAACGGGAACGGUAUCGAGAGUGGGAGAGAGAGUACAGAGAGUGGUACGAGAAGUAUUUCAAGAGUUACGAGGCAUCGCAAGGCGGUCAGAUCAGAGGCCGUGGUCCAGGUGGACGAGAUGCAUAUUCUCCAGAGCGUUUCGCAGCUCACAGGCCCAGGGACGAUUCGCCGUAUGGCAGGGGUCGCCGGGAAGAAUAUCCAGCACACGGCGCCCCACCAAGAAAUCGUCCGUUGACGUAUCAGGAAAGGUGCGCGGAAAAGUACGGCCAUCUUCAUGUCAACAAUAUGCCGAUUGGAAGAGGAACGAACAAAGAAGCGCCGAAACCCACCAAAGAACGAGAACCAUCCACAAGCGCCGCUGUGGACUCGAAGAGUCUCAAACACAGGAAACAUAGGAAAAAAAGGAAAGGCGAGGAUGGAGAUAUAUUCAGUCAUUCAGACUCUAUGGACGAAUCGAAGAAAGAUGAACGGAAGGGAGACUCGAUGCUGAUGAACUCGAGUCGCGAUGAUGCCACGCCCGUCCGGGACGAGCCCAUGGACAGCACCUCCGUGCCCUACAAGAGUUCUUCAGACAAGGAGAGAAAAGAGAAAACCAAAAGCAAGUCAGAGAAAGUUAAACGCAAGACUGAGAGUAGCACACAAAAGAAAGAAGCUCCAGCAAAAAGCACCAAGCCUGCCAGAGAAAAGGAGGAUACAGGACGGGAAAGGGUUGUUUCUAAUGAACCGGCCAUCAAAAGGAUCAAAGAAGAUCCUUCUCAUAAGACUGAAACAAGCAAACCGCAUACUUCUGAGAAAAUCAUGCUUCCUCGCAAAUUACAGCAGUCCAGACCGGUCAAGCCUCACCAAGAGCAAAAAACAGUCAAAGAUGACUCUAAAGCCAGGAAAGAACCAGCCAAAGACUUGCCUAAAGUUGAGAAACCUCCUGCUAAAGAUGUCAAACCCAAAUCGGAAAAGCCCAUAAAAACGGAGGAGAAACCCACCGACAAAGCGAGCGAGGCGAAGGUGGAGAAACGGAAGCGGAAAGAGGAAAAGCUGCCCGCGAAGGAGCCAGAGUUCAUGCCGAGCAAAUCCCCAAGGGUGGAAGUAGCUGAGGCGGCCAGCGUGUCGCCCAAGCCGAAGGUAGAGAACGAGAAGCCGAUGCAGAAGGAGAAGCCCGCCAUCCCUUCUCUAAUGGACAUUAAACCUGAACCUGCUCGAAAGAUCAAGCUCAAUCGUGAGAUGGGAAAGAGGAUUAACGAGCGACUUUCUUCCGAGGAAUCUGUCACCGGGAAGGUCAAACCAGACCAGAAGUCAAAAGUCAAGCUACGACGCCAGGUGCACGGUACAGACCGGUCUGGAUCCACGCUGGUUGAUUACACCAGCACCAGCUCAACUGGCGGAAGUCCCAUCAAAAGGCAUGAGGAGAAACCAGACCUGAAGAAGACCGUGGUGAAAACGCUGGAGGAAUACACCAAUGACAGCUCGACACCUGCCGAGGAUGAAAUAGUCAUGAUCCAGGUGCCUCGCUCCAAAUGGGAGAAGGAAGACUUUGACUCGGAGGAGGAUGAAUCCAAGGCCGCACCUGCCUCUUCUGCAGACGGAGACGGCGACGCUUCUGCUGCCAACUCUGCUGCUUCAAAAUCCAGCGAGAAAGAGCCUAGUAAAGCGCCUAAUGCCCCUAAAGAGGUUAAUCCAGAGGCCAAACCUACCAAGGAUCUGCCAAGCGAUAAGGAGAAAGACGGUGAGUGUGAAAAGGAACGCGAUAAAGGCAAAGAGCGAGACAAAAGCAACACCGACCGCGACGCCUCGGACAGAAAGAAACCCGGUACCUCAAAUCAGGACCGCGAGCGAGCGCAGGACAGAGGAAGCGACCAUGGAAGCGAGAGAAGCUCCUCGUCUCAAUCGUCCAGAGACAGACAAACCGACAGGACAGCAUCGACCUCCAGGAAGCCAUCAAGUAAAGAAAACUCUGCCAGUCUCGCCGACAAGAAGCAGGAACACCGCAGCAGCUCAAAAGACCACACCGAUUUCCGGCAGAGGGACACGAAAUCGAGAGAGCAGCCCAGGAAAAAGGACUCUCCACAAACGCCCCCGAAAAUGCCCUCAGACACCACUAAAAGGGCUUCUACUGCUUCCCAGGAGUCCAGACUGUCUGAACAUAGUUGUUCCACAGACAGGAAGGAGCCGUCUCGGGAUUCCAAAAAGACGACUUCUUCGGAGGACUCUAAGGGGGACAAGGCGGUACACAGAGAAGGAGCCAGACACUCUGAUAAUCGCGUAGCAAAGGAAAAGGAGCAGCACAAAGCGAACCAAAGUACCUCAGUGACCGAGUCCAAGAGCGACCCCGAGAGAAGCGACGCUCGCGUAAAGCCUCCUUCGACUCGUUCCACCCGUCUUCCCUCCGACUUAACGCGGGAGACGGACGAGGCCGCCUUCGUCCCAGACUACAGCGAGAGCGAGAGCGACGCAUCGGAUGUGGAAAGCAAGGCGGAGCGGAAGGAAAAGGGACAGGAAAGCAGCGCAAGUCCGGCCCACAGCAGGAGCGCCAGCCCCACCGGAAGCCACGCCCACAGCAGCAGCCCGAGCUCGCCAGGCAGUCAGGACAGCAAGAAAAAGAAGAAAGACAAGAAGGACAAGAAGGAAAAGAAAAAGCACAAAAAGCACAAGAAACACAAAAAACACAAGAAGCACGCCGGCAACGAAUCGGAGUCCGACGCCAAGGGACAAAAACACAAGCAUAAGAAAAAGAAAUCAAAAAAGAGUAAGGACAAGGACGAGAAGGACAACCGGACAAAGGACGAACAAACCGAGGGGUCAGUUUGAGACUGUCAGGGAGAUGUAAUGUAUAGCGCUCGAUGGUACAGCAUAUAAAGACAUUUCUGUGUAUUAUAAAGACUACUGUUCAAGCUGAUUCUUUAGUUCAUGUUCCAUAGAAAUGAAUGCUUUAACCAUGCUGAACUCUGCCCAAUGAAAAGAAGAGCCUCCUUUAACAAUGAAGGCUGAUGGAAUCAUUUGUUCAGUAAAAUUUUGUUUUUUUGAUCGAUAUUUUUUGGAUCUGUUCAUUAUUUUGUCUUAUGGUUUGGCAAUUAACUCUGUAGGGAGCUGUAAAACAUGCACUUUAGAUACGUGAACAGUGCCCUUUUUUCUUUUUUUUUUUUCUUUUUUAUUAUUUUUUUUUUUACAUCUCAUUGUUUCCGAAAAUCGGAAGAGGCCGAGCGGUAAUUAUGACCGUACGCUAAAUAUUGUUACAGAUUCAUCAUAGCAUGGGCAGUGGGCACAGCAUAUAAUGAUCUGCUUCAGAGAUGUUUGCACUGUGAAUGUUUUCUCCUCCACUCUGGGUUUUUAUUUGACAUCCCAUUCUUGUGAUUAAUUUAAAUUAACAUUUGAAAAGGUUUUUGUUAAUGGAAAUAAAAUGAAGCGAAAGUUUCAAAUAAUUGUC